GCGACCUCGUAGCACCGGCCCUAAUUGAAUUAAUUGCCCCGGAACAUCUAAUUUCCUCACUGGUCAGAGAGAGGUUUAAUUGUUAUGAAAACCCGGCUCCCCGACUAGAAACGGGGUUAGCAAUUUCACGGGUUAUAUACUUUAGAGAACCUCAUUAAGUGCUUUUUAAAAUGAAUUUCCAGUUCCAGGCUAGCCCUGACUACCAGAUGAGCGGGGAUGACACCCAGCACAUCCAGCAGUUCUACGAUCUCCUCACGGGCUCCAUGGAGAUCAUCCGGGGGUGGGCAGAAAAGAUCCCCGGCUUUACCGAGCUCCCCAAAACAGACCAGGACCUGCUCUUCGAGUCCGCCUUCCUGGAGCUCUUCGUGCUGCGCCUCGCUUACAGGUCAAACCCCGUGGAGGGCAAGCUUAUUUUCUGCAAUGGGGUUGUGCUGCACCGGUUGCAGUGCGUCCGUGGCUUUGGUGAAUGGAUCGACUCCAUCGUGGAAUUCUCCUCCAACUUGCAAAACAUGAACAUCGACAUCUCCGCGUUCUCCUGCAUCGCUGCCCUGGCCAUGGUGACAGAGAGGCAUGGGCUUAAGGAACCCAAGAGGGUGGAAGAACUGCAAAACAAGAUUGUAAAUUGUCUCAAAGACCAUGUGACUUUCAAUAACGGGGGAUUGAAUCGCCCCAAUUAUUUGUCCAAACUCUUGGGGAAGCUCCCUGAACUUCGCACUCUUUGCACGCAGGGGCUGCAGCGCAUUUUCUACCUGAAAUUGGAAGAUUUGGUGCCACCUCCAGCAAUAAUCGACAAACUUUUUCUGGACACUUUACCUUUUUAAGACUCUUCCCAUGCACUUACGUUGAACUUAAACUCCACCUGUCUGAAGGGGGAUUCAUCUGGGCGCCAAGCGGCACCUUUGGGUGCCCGAUUCCCAUCCCCAAAAAACUUGCUAACUUCCUGCAGGCAGAACAUGAAUGGGCAUUUUGGCUCUGGGGCAUCAUGGAUUCAGAUCAUGGACUACACAAAUACCAUGGUAUAAACUUUUUAUUAUCAGCUUAAAAUGAAUUUAUUAUUAAGGACUUCUGGUUAAAAAGAUGAACAUAUCUGGCAACGCCGGGUGCGCAGCUAAGACUCAUAUGAUGACAAAAGUAUUAAAGUGACCCACAAGUCUCACCCUCUUAGAGUUUUCGGCUGUAAAAGAAAGCUGUAAUAUAUACUAAAACCUAAAUGUUGCGUGGGUGGCAUGUCAUUAAAGAAGGCAAAGGCUUGUAAAUUUAUCAGUUUGGCUUUUUAAAAAUUAUUCUGAUUAUUAUGUGCCUAUUUAUGAA